CUCUUCCUCUUUACUGUCUGCGGAGAAGGCAGGCUAAAAUUUGACACCAUGGCAGCCCUCAGACCUCUGAGAAAACCCAAAAUUGUGAAGAAACGGACAAAGAAGUUCAUCCGCCAUCAGUCAGACCGCUAUGUCAAGAUUGCAAAAAACUGGCGUAAGCCCCGAGGUAUUGACAACAGAGUCCGUCGGCGGUUCAAGGGCCAGAUGCUGAUGCCCAACAUCGGUUAUGGCAGCAACAAGAAGACCAAGCACAUGCUGCCUUCUGGCUUCAGAAAGUUUCUGGUGCACAAUGUCAAGGAGCUGGAGGUUCUGAUGAUGAGCAACAGGACUCAUUGUGCUGAAAUUGCCCACAAUGUUUCCUCAAAGAACAGGAAGCUGAUCGUGGAGCGCGCAGCACAGCUCGCAGUCAAGGUCACCAAUCCCAAUGCCCGGUUGCGCAGCGAGGAGAACGAGUGAUCUGCGCCUGUAUUUGCAUUGAAAAUAAAUUUACAUCCAAAAUG